AUGUUCAGCUGCAGUGGUGCCCGCAGUGAGGGAUACGUCCAGGAGCUCUUCCAUGAGGAAGCACAGCAGGUAUCUCAAACACAGACCAAGCCCUGGUGGAAGAUCCAGCUCUUUGUAUGGGAGCCAGUGCUUUUUGGAACGUGGGAUGGGGUCUUCACCUCCUGCAUGAUCAACAUUUUUGGAGUGGUUCUUUUCCUGAGGACGGGAUGGCUUGUGGGAAACACUGGCAUUGUAAUGGGCAUGUUUCUGGUGUCCUUUGUCAUUCUGGUUGCCCUGGUGACAGUCUUGUCUGGAAUUGGGGUGUGUGAGAAGUGCAGCAUUGGAAGUGGAGGAGUCUACUCCAUGAUCUCUACUGUCCUUGGAGGUCAAGUAGGGGGCACCAUUGGCCUCCUUUACAUUUUUGGCCAGUGUGUUGCAGGUGCCAUGUACAUCACUGGCUUUGCAGAGUCCAUUGCAGGUGUCCUGAGCCUCAGCAACAUCUGGGCAGUGCGUGGCAUCUCCCUGGCUGUCCUGCUCGGCCUGCUGGGCAUCAAUUUGGCUGGGGUGAAGUGGAUCAUCAGGCUCCAGCUCCUGCUGCUCUUCCUGCUGGCUGUCUCAACACUGGACUUUGUCAUUGGGUCCUUUACACAUCUUGAUCCAGAGCACGGCUUCGUCGGCUACUCCCAAGAGCUGAUGUCCAACAACACCCUGCCAGACUACAGCCAGGGGGAGUCCUUCUUCACUGUUUUUGGAGUGUUUUUCCCAGCUGCCACAGGUGUGAUGGCUGGGUUCAAUAUGAGUGGAGAUCUCCAGAAGCCUUCUUCCAACAUCCCUCUGGGGUCUCUGGCUGCUAUCGGCACCUCGUGGUUUCUGUACAUGGUCUUCGUUUUCUUGCUGGGAGCCAUUUGUACCCGGCAGUCUCUCCGCUAUGACUUCAUGAUAGCAGAGAAGGUAUCCUUGGUGGGGUUUUUGUUUUUGCUAGGGCUGUACAUCUCAUCCCUGGCCUCCUGCAUGGGAGGGCUGUAUGGAGCACCCCGGAUCCUGCAGUGCAUUGCCCAGGAGAAUGUGAUCCCCAUGCUUGCUUUCCUUGGACGUGGGAAAGGCCCCAACAAGACUCCAGUGGCUGCGAUUUGCUUAACAAGCCUCAUCACCAUGGCUUUUGUCUUCAUUGGGCAAGUGAAUGUUCUUGCUCCCAUAGUCACCAUCAACUUCAUGCUGACAUAUAUUGCUGUGGACUAUUCCUAUUUCUCACUAUCCCUGAGCUACAACUUUCAGCAGAAACCUGAGGAGACCCAGAUGGGAGCUGCUAGACCUGCUCACCCCUCCCAGCCUUUAAUUUUCAACAAGCCCCCCAGCCGUGCAGCAGCUGGGGUAAUUCAAAGCAGAUCGAAUGGCACCUUGCUGGAAUUCAAAAAAGACAUGGACCAGCUUUUUAAACCAUUUUUUAGUGAGCCAAGUACUUGCAAAAGAGAAGGAGCUGAGAAUUUAACCCAAAAGGGCAAACAAAAGAAGGCAAAGAAGCCAGCCAAGCAGACAUUACAAGACAGCUUUCUCCUGGAUCUCCAUCAGGAUACUCCCCUGGCUCAGAACAGCUGGGAUGAGACCACAGAGCCCCAUGGGAGGCAGCAGGAUGUGGAUGAGCAGGGCAGUCAGUGGGAUGCAGGUCUGGGCUCAUCACCCCCUGUGGGUGCCCAGCACAUACCCAGGAGGAUGGAGCAGAGGGAAGAGCCCUGCAGUGAAGUGAUGAUGCUCCCUGGCCCAGGGGGAGAAGAAUCAUCUAUAAAGCAACAAAAUCCAGAACUGGGAAUUCAGCAAAUACCAGAAACCUUCUACUCCAGAUUUUUCAGUCACUGGAUUUCCUUUGCUGGUGCAAUUGUGUCCCUCAUCAUAAUGUUUGUCAUUCAGUGGAUCUACACCCUGGUCAGCCUGGGAGCAGGGGUUAUCCUGUAUUUCUACAUCGGCCAAGUCAGCCCAGGACUCCCUCUUGGAGCAGCAGCAAAUUUCAGUUUCUUUGGCUGGAUUAAGUCGGUUUUGAUCUCUUCAUGCAGGAGAAGGCCAGCUCCCAAGGAGCAGAUCGUGGUGACACCAUCCUUUGCAACAGUUGGCAUGGAGACCAGGCAGCUCACCGAGGAGAACGCAGACUUCGCCUCACGGGACCGCUACCACCAGUCCUCACUCAUCAGCAGAGAGGAAUUUGGGAGCCAGUUCCAGUGA